CUUUCAGGCUUCCAGCGGACCACCAGCAGCGGCGCUUCACGGAAUGCAUGUCAAGGAGACGCGGCGGCCUCUUAUUAGGCACGCCAACCCUUUCUCUAACAUGGACCGGCGACCGGACCACUAGGUAGCUCUCUCGACAUCUUCGCCGCGGUCCAUCUCUCCCGCCCCUCCCCCCUCACCCUCACCCUCCGAUGCCGUUCGUCGCCAACACGCCCGAGUCGCUGCUCGGCCGCUCCGACUCCAAGAACCCGAACUCGACCUGCCGCGGCAUCACCUCGAGCGGCAAGCCCUGCCGCCGCGGCAUCGCUCGUACCGCCACCACCAUCGCCGGAUCGACAUUGCGCCCGUCCCGACGACCUGACCCCUCCGCCGACGAGUCUUCGUACUGCUGGCAGCACAAGGAGCAGGCGGGCGUCGUCUCCGCGCACUCUAGUCCCGGGCCCAGGGGCCACACGCGCCCCAUCCUCGAGGAGCGCUCUAGCCUUGACACCCUCGCCGAUAGGCUGGGCCUGGUGACGCUGCACGCGGACGGCAAGCACCAGGAUGGCGGGAGACCCAACGGCAAGCCCUCGUCGCCGCCGCCGCUUCGCCUGACGCGCCCCAAGGCCAAGCAGAAGCUCCAGUGCUGCCUCUGCUUCACCGUGCCGCUGGACCCGGUGCACGAGUCUCCGCCGCCCCCUCCGAGACCCCGGCCGCAGCCCCGACCCGUCCAGCAGACGUCGUCGGCGGCGGUGCUGCCGUCGGGCAGGCCGGGCAAGUCGCGCCCCUACGAUGCGGCUGCCUCCCCGGGCAAGAGCUCGCAGCGGUCCCGCCGGUCCAACGCCUCGCAGACGGCCCGCCUCAAGGACCUGAUACCGGACACGGUGGACGCGGCGACGGCCUCGGCCCUGCUCGCCGAGCUGGCCCGGCCGUUCGCAGACGCGGAGGAGCCUGGCUACAUCUACAUGUUCUGGCUGACGCCGGCGUCGCGCCAGGCCGCCCCGCCAGUCGACGCCGCGCGGUCACUGCUCUCGCCGCCGGCGCCAUCUUCGUCGGCGUCUUCCCGCCGGCGUCCUAGCGACGUGGUGUCGCGCUUCGCGGACCCGAGUGCCGUCACCGGCGAGGCGACGAUGCUCCUCAAGAUCGGGCGCGCGGCCAACGUGCAGCGGCGCAUGAACCAGUGGCAGCGGCAGUGCGGACACGACAUCGAGAUGCUGCGCUACUACCCGUACGUGGCGGGCGCGUCGAGCGACCCCUCGGCCGCGUCCUCGUCGUCGACGAGUGCUACCGGCGUCGCCGCCCCGCGCACCACGCCGCACUGCCGACGCGUCGAGCGCCUUGUCCACAUCGAGCUCGCGGGCAUGGGGCUGCGCGCCUCCCUGGGAAGCUGCGAGGCGUGCGGUCGCGACCACCGCGAGUGGUUCGAGGUGGCGGCCACGCGCGAGGGCAUACGCAGCGUUGACGGCGUGAUCCGGCGGUGGGUCGACUGGGAUGAGCGAGAGACGUGAAGGGGUAGCCUGGUGAGGGAGAGAGAGGCCUUUGAGCGACCCAUCCAUCUACGUGAGGAUUGGAAUCCUUACCGUACCCUGUGAAACUGUAGGUGCAUUGGUCUUUGAGCGAGGUUUCACCAGGGCACGAGGGAGGCAAAGCAAGCAACGACACCUCAUGCAAGGGCUAGUAUACUAGUGGUUCACGUACAGCAUAGCGGCGGCAGCAUCAGGGCAUAUUACUGGCAUAGGUAGCAGCAUACACGGCGUUUUAUACUUCGAAAUACAUUGGUA